GACCGUGGCUGAGUCUGUAUACAAGCCAGGUCCUGAGAGAGAGUCUCUCUGCUUCUACCUGUCUCUGCCCAUAACAGAAUUACCAGAAGAAGAGAAAAGCUUUAUUUAGCUUAUUCACAUAUUUAUCGAAUAAAAUUAGCCUUCAAAAUCUUGAUAAUUUGCUAAAUCUCUCAGAAAAUGGAUCUCAAUCAGCCUCCUGGAGAGAAUUAUGCCAAUCCGAAGGUAUGCUUAUUUCAUGUUCUCUUCAAGGCUACAGCUUUGGCAUUUUACAUACUUUCUGCACUGUUUAUUGAUAAUUUUGUCAUCAUUUUUGUGGUGACUGUUCUUCUUGCUGCUCUUGAUUUUUGGGUGGUCAAGAAUGUGAGUGGUCGUAUUUUAGUUGGUCUUAGGUGGUGGAAUGAAAUUAAUGAUUUUGGUGAGAGCGUGUGGAAAUUUGAAUCCCUUGAUCAAGAGACGUUGGCCCGGCUGAACAAGAAGGAUUCAUGGUUAUUCUGGUGGACUCUUUACCUAACGGCUGUUGCGUGGGUUGUGCUUGGAAUUUUCUCCCUCAUAAGGUUUCAAGCAGACUACUGCCUCAUUAUUGGAGUUUGUUUGACUCUCAGUGUAGCGAACAUCAUUGGAUUCACUAAAUGCCGCAAAGAUGCCAGGAACCAGAUUCAGCAGUUUGCAUCACAGACUAUCGCAUCGCAUGUCUCUUCUACUAUUCAGUCAGCAUUCAGUGUUGUUUGAAUUCACUAGGGAAAAGGGUCGAAGAAUGGAAGAUGUGCAGGUUUGUAAGAGAGUUGAGAAGUGGUGUUGGCUCUGUACAAUUGGCUUAUUCUUUGAACUGGUGUCGGAUACACGAUAUGAGCAAUAGUUAUUGUAAGAAUGCUUUAAUAUUUAUGAUUUAAAAUCUCAUAAAUCGCGAUUUUGUUA